GCCACAUGGCGCGACGUGAUAUUCGGUCGCGAUUCUCGCGCGUCAAGUACUCAGAGGCGAAUAUUUGGAAGAAAACAGCUGUUCGGGGGAUGAGACAUGUUUAUCUCGGCGACUGCACGAUCGGAAUGUACUGUCGUCGUUUUGUCGCUUGCCGACCACUCGCGAGAUAACGGGUGGCGGUAAUGUGAUCCCGCAGGAUACGGCACGCCGAUUGAGUCACACAGAGUCAAUGAGAUAGGAAAAACGGUUCGCUGAUGCUGUGAGCGCGAGUGGAUACGGGUUAUACACGUAUUUUGAUGGUUUGCAGCCGAACAAAGUCAUGGCUCAAUGUAAGUUAACCCCGCGGGAGUUUAUCGGCAACACCUUUUCCCCGCAGAUCGCCGUAGUCUGCUCGGCUGCAGCCGACGUCGCAUGUCAAAAGAAUAAUCUGUCAUUCGUCGAACUGCUACAACCUUUUUGCAAACUGAAUACCGAAGGUCAUUUCAAAGAUCCUCAAGGGAACACUAUAGCGAUCAGGAAUCUUCGGCUUUCCAUACAAGAUAUUAAUGCACGACCACCGGAGCCGAGUCUUGCCAAAAAAUUGCUGAAUGAGGCAGUCAGUUCUGCCUUGUGUGAACGUACGACUAGCGUUCGUAUCGGCACGACUGAACUCGAUAUUCCUAUAUCUGUCCCUUGGUUUGAGGCAUGGAGAGAGACAUUCCUAAGCGUCCAGUUCCCAUCGGAUCAUGAGUUCACAAAACACUUGCUUGCAUGCAUGAUAGUUGUUUCUACAGCGGAGGAUAGUCCAUUAGAGAAGAUUCAGGCUAUGGGUGCACAGUUGCAUCAAAGUAUACCAGGCAAAUUGCCCAAGUGGUUCAACAACAACGCUCUUAGGUAUUACAUUUUGGUCCACGAUGCUAUUCAGGAUGAUAGAAACAAAGCUGAAAUAGUUUUUACAGAGAUGAAGACUAUUUAUGGUGCUAACAACUGUUUUCUAUUACAAAUGAACUCGAGGCCGCCAGGUCUCUCAGAUGAUAAUUCACACUUGCCUGAUCCCUGGAGUCAGUUUCUGACCAAGCACUUGGAAUUGUCCGGCAGCAGCGAGCAAAACAGUUCCCCUCGUACACCUGCGGAUACAGGUGGAGUGUCUGCCAUGCCGAGCGAGCUGACUACAGAAUCCGACAAAAUAAGCCAAGCCGGGACGCCACAAAACUGCGCGUUGCCAUCUCCGGAUUUGGCCGACACAAUCAGUCUCUCUUCCGAGAUAUCCGAAUCAACGAAUGUGCACCUCGAAGUCGGGCAGGAAGCUGUCCCGGUCACAAUUCAUCCGCUGAGCCCAGACAAUGAGAAAACACAGAAUUUCAUCGCUGCAACCAAUGUCAAAGGUCAAUCUGUUGUUGCAAACUCACCGAUAAACACAAAUGUUUGGGCGGACUCUCCGAAUUAUGUUGUUGCUCAACACGGUGCUCGUCUCUCCACUCAAGAUCUAGAAAGAUUACGGGCGUUGAUAACAGAAUUCUGUUUGCGAAGCCUGUUGCCUUACGUAGAGAAGCAGAUUGGCCUAUUGAACGACGUGAUCUCGAAUAAAAAGGGGGUCAGUAGAUCGCUAUUUAGUGCUACGAGAAGGUGGUUCGGUACAAAUAAGCCUGGUGCACCAGGUUCUUCGCCAUCAAACGCUGUAAUUUACACGGCGGAGUCACCGGAAUUACAGUUACGACGUUUGGGCGAUCUAUGCUUUAUGUUCGGUCACUAUUCGCUCGCCUAUCAGGCAUAUCACAGCGCGAAGCGUGACUUCGCAGCGGAUCAAGCCUGGGUAUAUUAUGCGGGCGCUCUAGAGAUGGCUGCUCUGAGCGCUUUCAUGCAAGGCGAGACGAAUAGGAAGACUAUCGAAUAUAUGGAUGACGCGAUAUUAACUUACGCGAAUAGUUGCAAGAUGCCUCAAUUUGCAACGAGAGCCACGCUGCUUAGCGCCGAAUGCCUUAAGGGUCGAGGACUAUACGGAGAAGCUGCGAAGCAGUUGAUACGAAUGACCAGCGAGGAUUCGGAUCUGCGCUCGGCCUUGUUGCUUGAGCAAGCCGCCUACUGCUUUAUCAACCCGAAGAUGAUGCGUAAAUACGCCUUCCACGCGGUCCUAGCUGGACAUAGAUUCUCUAAAGCUGGUCAGAGGAAACACUCGCUGAGAUGCUAUCAGCAAGCGUAUCAAGUCUACCAUCGAAGAGGUUGGUCCCUGGCUGAGGAUCACAUUCAUUUCACGAUCGGCAGGCAGGCCGCAUCCCUAAAACAAGUUUCCGACGCAGUGAAAGCAUUCGAGAAGUUACUUAAUGCCUCUAGCAAGCAAUCCGCUCCGCAACAGGCCGCGUUCCUGCGCGAAUUUUUACAUACUCACAAUUUAUUGUUACAGGAGAACGGCGUGACUUGUAAAGGACUUCCUAUUUUACCUUUACCAUUAUUAGAUAGCAACAGUAUUAAAGUGCUGUACGGUCCAUUAGGCGAACAAACCAAAAGCAAUAUUCCAGCGAGUCACGUUACGUUCGGCGUCGAGGAGACGGACGAAGCGAAAUGGUCGAAAAUGGAGGAAUUACUGAUCACCGAGGCUCAAGGUUCGCCCCCUAUGAUAUUUAAGCCGACGAUCGCACUAUAUUCCAGAACGAGUAACAACACCGUGAAACCAAAUGCGGUUUUGAGCGAACCGUUACAUUAUUCCAUCGAAUUGCACAAUCCGUUACACGUACCGCUACCGUUGUCAGACGUGACAUUACUGUGGUCGUUCGUCUGCAACAACGAUAUCAUUACAAACGAGACGGAGACGAGCAACAGUCCGGUCGAUUCGGACGUCAUCAACACGAUUUUAUUACAACCAACGUGCAAGCAGAAUAUUGUGCUGUCCCUCACACCCAGGCGAGUGGGAGAAUUGAAGAUUUUAGGUUUGAGUUACAAAUUGUCCAAUCCGGUGCAAGCGACGAAUGACCCGCCGGUCGCAAACUCUGCUAUCACUAUUGCCGGUAAGAGAUUGUUCGAGAUCAUACCAGCGAAAUUGAAGAAUGUCAAGGAGAAGCCCGGCAUGAAUAUGUACGGGAAGGACUAUCGACUUGAGAUGAAUGUGAUCGAGAAGGCGCCGUUUAUGCAGAUCCUCUUCACGAAGUUAUCACCAGAGAUGCUGUGCGGCGAGAUACAGAGAGUGGAAGUGACGUUAAAGAACGUGGGUAAUGCUCCGUUGACGAACAUUUACAUCGCAUGCACCGACGCCAAACUUUUCACGUUAGAAAAUUCGGAUGUCGAUAAAAACGAAGAUUCAACGAUCAAGAAGAACAGUAGAUCGGUCACAAAGAUAGUAUUACCAGUCUCCGAGAACGGUGUAUUGAAUAUCGGUAAAACUCACGAACUGCCGCUUUGGGUGCAAGCACCUCACGAAAAGGGCACCCACAGAUUAGAUCUGCUCUUUUACUACGAAAGCGUCGAGGCAAAGGCCGCGUUGAAGCAUCGUUUAUGCCGGCAUACCUGGCAGCUGACAGUACUCGAUUCAAUACAGAUCAGCGCUGUUGCCUCCAGAAGCGGGCUGUUCAAGGACGACUCGCCGACGUUGAAUUUGAUAAUGUCCAUCAAGAACACAAAUCAGGUUCACGAUCCAUCUAUAAACGAGAUUAUGCUGUCCAAAAUGUCGCUGCAGAGCACUUUGUGGUUCGCCUUUCGUUCCUCCGUUCUACCGUCGAGUAUAAGAGUGCAGCCUCAGGAAGUAUUUCACUUGACUUUGAAGCUGAAGAAGAAGACCGACGAUGAGUCGGUCAUCUCCGAGGUGUCUUUAACCGCCGACGACAGCGAUGCGACGUCGAUCGACGAUUAUCCAUUCGUCAACUUUGUACAGAGACGUCACAUUCAGCCGUUAGACAUGAACGAGAGCGCAAGCGAUGUACAGCAGUUCCAGUCACAACAAAACGUCGAGCACAAUCCUGUAUCGGACACCAUGGCGUUGAAUUCGACGUUGAUCGUCAGAUGGUGCGCCAACGUGACGGAAAGUGGCGUAGUUACCCGGAAGGCCUUCGGACAACAUCAUCUUGAAUUGGAGUAUCUAAACAAGACUUACAAACACCCCAAAGAACCACGUAUUACGCGUAACGAGUACGGCGCUCGCUUGAGGAUCUUCGGGCCGGAGCGAAACGUACCGAACGUAGUAAUCGUGCCUCUCAAGGAUCCCACGUGGGAAGCAGAAUGCUUGAAAAGUUUAAUCACUUUCUCUCUGAGUCAUGCGAGGCAACUCGUGCACAAUUUCCAACAGAAUCGAUUGUGCAUCAUCCCUGUAGCAGUAUAUUUGCAAAACCACUCGGAGAUGUCAGUGGAUGUUAAAAUAAGUACGAUAGGUACUAGUAGUGAAACUCAUCUUCCAAAUAUCAAGUCUCAGUUGUAUUCGCCACAAGCUUCGCCGUAUUAUAGGUACGCUGGCCACUCGUCAAUUCACUCCAACGUUCAAGCGCGCGCAAGUAAUAACGUAAAGUUACACGCUGUGCUGCCAGCCGCGGGAACGUAUGACUUAGCAGCGCGAAUCGAAGUCUCUGUGAGAGUUGUAAAUAGCAUGGAGUACGUUGCCCAGAAAGGCAAGAUGGAGAGCAUAUGCAUAGUCAACGGCGACAGUACAUAAAUUAUAUUAUCGCGAUAUAUUGUCGAAAUUAGAAGUCACUAGCGGAUAUAUAUGGAGGUACUAUUUUUAGCGUGAUUCAGAAUCAUUCCUCGUCAGUGUACGUGUACAUACCGUCGUACGUUUGGAAAUUGUUACAUUAUAUUACAACAGAUAUUUUAAUAAUGCGCCUCGACGUAUUUUUUACCUACCGGCGUGCUGCCGUCACGUUUUCUCAGUGUCGAUUAUUUUUACACAACCAUACAAUGAUUUCGUAAUACCAUGUACGUCCACAUAUAGUCUUUCACAUAUACCGGGGUUCCCUAUCGCGGUGUCGUAUUCUUUAUUCUGUCCGUUUUAUCUGAACGUAGUUACCUAAGCCGUUUUGUAACCUGUUAGUCUUGAGCUACCUCAUGGUGAUCUACGAAGUGAUCGAGCAGCAUGACAGGAAUUAAAAUAGCUUCUUACCGCCACAUUGUUAAUACAGUCAAUGUUCGUCAUUUUACGGGGGAUAACUGCAUAUCUCUAACUGCCAAACAAUCGACACAUGUUACCUUCUAUCAGCACAUAUCGUUCACGAAACAUCAUCAUCAUUAUCAUUGUCAUUACCAAUUGCCUCUCAUUCUUGUGCUUGUUUUUGUUGACGGAGAAAAUUACUUUAUAUGUGUGCACCGUGUAAUCUCAAACUUGUGCGGAACAAACACGGUAAACAAUUGUUCUUGACGCUAGAAAGGGCGAAAAUACAAGCUUUCUUUUUUUUUUUUCUGUGUAAACUCGAUAUCUAUGUAUAUAUUUGACGGUUGACUUGAACGAUCGUUUACGUGACAAAUUAGAAUAGAACAUUAUAAGGAUUAGGCCACUGCGAAUACGGCUUUUCACGAACGAUGGACACAUGUAAAAUAGAUUAGCCAAGAUUUUCAAAAAUCGGAGAGAGAUGUCUUCGGUGGGAGUCAAAAGAACAAAUAUAUAUAAAGACAGAUUUGAAGUCUUUUAGAUAAAUAG